UUAGAAUUCCAAAAAUAGGCUCAUAAUGAGUGAAAUCCAAAAUAAGAGACGCACAAUUUGCAAAGCAAAGGAAAAAAACGACGCCGUGUGACCUCUAACCCCCGGAUAACCUCUAAAACGGGUCGACCCUCGGGAUAUGUGCCCCGGUUUUCUCACCGAAUCAUAGCUAAACCGAUCAAUCGGCGAGUCUAGCCGCAGGUUAUGUUGGAUCUUAUAGCACUCUCUAACACGCCUCCUCAAACGAAAGCCAACCCAUGAGCUUGAAGUUUGCACAGGCCCACCAUACCAUGUGCUUUAAUCAACUGUUAAUAUUGGGGGUCGUGGAGAUCCGAACACACGACCACUUGGCCAAACCAGCUCUGAUACCAUGUCAUAAACUAGUUGGUCCCAAUAACUCGAGUUGUUUGGAGAAGGUUAUGUUGUAUCGCGGUAACUAGCCCCUAGAUUUUGACUUUAAUUUUCUUUUAUCUGAUCGAAUAUCCGGCAUGCGAUCAUGUUUAUAGAUGACACAGAGGAAGAAGGAAUUAAGGAUUUCUAAUUAAGAACACCGGCCGGCCCUGCCCUUGUUUUUUUCUGGCACCUCGGCUAGCUAUUAAUUACUCCUUCGGCGGCUACUCUGAUUCCUUAAUUUCACUUUCGGACGGUGAUUCUUUUAUCCCUUUCCAGCUCGUAAUAAUUCGUCCACAACGAUAAUCCUAAUUAGCUCUUGAUUAAAGCCUAAUUAAAUAACGUAACAAUUAUAUAUAUACAACUAAUUACCUUCCUACCUAUAUAUGCAUAAGAAGCUACUAACCAGAAUUUGAUUUAAUGUUGUUUCACUACACCUAAAAUAAAUGUGGAGGCUCAAGUUGUGGAGGGCGUUGCUUAACAUUAACAAGCUGCUGCGGCGGCGGCGGCGGUUGAGUGGCGGCGUGCCGGGGGACAUGAAGAAGGGACAUUUCGCUGUGGAGGUGAAGAAUAGUAACGGCGGCGACGAAGUGACGACGACGACGAGAGUUGUGGUUCCGCUGCGCUGUUUGAAGAAUCCCCAGUUUGUGAGGCUGUUGGAUCAAGCCGCCGACGAGUACGGUUUUCGGUGUCGAGGUACCGUCACCGUCUGCUGCCGGCCGGCCGACCUAGAAAGGGUCUUGGCUUUCUGCUGACGUUGAUGACGAUCGCUUUAUCUAAUUUUCAUUUUUUCCCCCUUGUCCCCAUUGAGGAAUUCGUUUUGGAUAACACCACCAGAAAUUGAAUGUUCUUUUUGGAAAAGGAUUUUAGUUGUAGUUCUUAAGAAGUUAAGAAGCUAUGUGUAAUAAAAAAAAUCUUAUGACUUUCGGAUUGACGAGUAUAAAGUUAUGGCCUUCCAAAGUUUGACAAAAUUAAAAAAAUUAGUUUAGGGUAGUAAACGACAUUUUGUUGGGAUGAAGAACUGUUGCAGAUUGAAAGAUCUUGAAAAGUUAUGCAGAAUCAAAACAAAAUUCGCUACGAUCGGACAACCGAGCACAAAGUUACGUUAGUUUGAAGUUUCAGUCUUGGGUCAGGCCUUCGCCGCGGCCGACAAACGUGAUGAAGCCUUCACCGAGGCGAUCAACCGCGAUGAUGCAUUCACCGCGAUUGACUGCCAUGCCGAUGCUCAAACAUGUGUAAAUUGAAUUUUUUUCCUCCAUAAAACGUGUGUAUUUUGAGAUUUCCCCCCCUAUUCGAUAACCUUAUUACUUCUCUCUCUUUGAACACUUUGGUCUAUCUGCAUGCCAAUGAUUCCCCAGGCAGGCACCAUGUUAGCCAGGCAAGAUUGUUCUUUUGAGACACACCCGAUCAGAUCGCCAUUAAUGCAUUUGAAUGGAUCUUAUGAAAUUGGCCUGUGAUUGAUACGCAACAAUGGCCUGAAUGCCAGUCUUAUUGUGUGAGAGCUAGAGCGAUCGAUGUAAUACGCAAGUUGCCGAAAACAAAAUAUCUGAUGCAAUAUCCACCGGCCCAACACGACACACAAACAGAAAGAUUGAUCCUUAUCCAAUCCCAAGUCAAGGAUUUGCACUUUUUGCACUUUCUGGUGCACUUUUUUUUGGCAGAGAUGGGUCGAUGUAUACUAGCUACUAGCUGGCGAUGUCAAUGGCGUGGGUGCCGGCUUAGAUUGGAACAGUUCAUGUCAAACCAGUUGUUCAGUUUCAUGCAUAGACGGCCUAAUUGCAGGCAGCAUAUAUGUGAAUGCUGUGCGUAUAAUUAAGCAGGUUCGAGAAAAAAACAAGUGAUUUGAUUGAACAGAAACAAACGAAUCCGAUGAUGAUCAGGAAGAUGAUGAAGCGUAAUCAAAUCUCAAUUGCUCUACAAGACCUAGAAGUUUUUUUUUUUUUAUAUAGUAAAUGUUGAUUCCUUACCGUCAUGCAUGGUCGUUUAACAUGUUUGAAUGUGUUACAUACUCGAUCUAUAUAUGUGCUAUUGACGAGCAAGUAUCCUCCCUUUUCUCCCCCUUGUAUAUAUCUCCUUUAUUGGCGAAUUCCUUACUGGGUUGUUAUAUUCUCCGUCUCUAUUGGACCCAACAUUGCAUUCCAAAAUCGGGUCUACAUUUGCUUAUUGCCACUUCACCAAUUCCAAAUCUAGUUUUCAACAAAACCAUCUGUAACGGUUAUCGAUGUAAUUGUACCAAAAAAUAAUCACAGGAACUAGUUUGUAGUCGGCUAUGUAAAAUAAUGGCCGUUAAUAGACUUCAGCAAUGAGAUACAUGAAUAAUAGAAAUGAAUUUUUGCCAACGUUGAGUGGGCAUAAGAGUAUCGAAUAUGUGGCUAAUAUACCUGAACAAUGGAGCUCUCUUGCAAAUGAAAAUAUCUUUAGGGAACAGAGUGAUGACUGAUUAGACCAUAACAAGGUUGGCUGGGCUAAAUAUGGUCCAACUUAAUCGGACAAAAAUCAGGAACUAGUAUAAGGAAGAAGAUGGUGAACAUCACAAAGCCUCUACCACCUUCACGUAGAAACACCCAUUUUCUUAAGGAACUCAUAUAACAAGUGGGGGGAGAGAGGACCCGCGAUAGCACGCGACUUGAUCAAACCAACUUACAAUACUAUGUCAUAAACAGUUCGAAACAAAAAAGUAAAACGCAUGAAGUGCG